CUUCUUUCUUCAGGUCAUCAUAUACUUUAUACUGUCCUUAAUGUCUUUUGAAUAUCCAACAUCAAUCGAAUCUAUUCCCGGUAAAAUUGAAGCCCUUCGCACUCAUUUUAAUACAGGCUUAACAAAAGAUAUUACUUUUCGUAAACAGCAAUUAAAUAAUUUAAUUCGAUUCUGUGAGGAAAAUAAACCAAUACUUUUUCAAGCUUUAUGGAAUGAUCUACAUAAGCAUGAGUUAGAAUCUGAUAUCGGUGAAAUAUCAAUUGUUAUUGAAGAAUGCAAAUUUAUGAUCAACAAUUUAGAUAAAUUUAUAAAGCCUACUUAUACAAAAAAGAGAUUUCUUAUGAAUGUUACUGAUAAGACGUUUAUAAGAAAGGAACCAAAAGGAGUUGUUCUUGUUAUAGGUUCUUGGAAUUAUCCAAUUAAUCUACUUCUUACACCUGUUGUUGGUGCAAUUGCUGCUGGUAACUGUGUUGUUAUAAAGCCUUCUGAAGUAUCUACUAGUACAUCCAAUGUAAUUGCUACUAUUUUACCAAAAUAUUUAGAUCCUCGUGCUUAUUCUAUUAUCACAGGUGGAGUUCCUGAAACAACUGCUGUUUUAGAAAAUCGAUUUGAUCAUAUUUUUUAUACUGGUAAUGGUCAUGUUGGCAAAAUUGUAAUGACUGCUGCUGCAACGUAUUUAACUCCUGUUACACUUGAAUUGGGUGGCAAAUCACCUGCAUUAAUUACUGAGGAUGCAGAUGUAAACAUUACUGCACAUCGCCUCUUAUGGGGAAAGUACUUUAACAAUGGCCAAACUUGUGUUGCACCAGAUUAUGUCUUGUGUGAAAGGACUCAAAUAGCCCCUCUUUUAAUUGCAAUGCGUAAAGCAAUCUUGGAAUUUUAUGGUGAAAACCCUCAAACUUCAAAUAGUUACGGUCGCAUUAUUAAUACACGUCAAUUCGAUCGUUUAAAGGGUUUAUUAGACAGCUGCCAUCCAAAUACAAUUGUCAUUGGUGGUGAAACUGACCGAGAUAACCUUUAUAUAGCUCCUACAGUCGUUACCCCUGUUGAUCCUUAUAAACAUUCCUUGAUGCAACAAGAAAUCUUUGGCCCUAUCUUACCUAUUGUACCAGUUGAAAACAUGGAUGAAGCUAUUGCUAUUAUUAAUUCUAGAGACCAUCCAUUAGCACUUUAUAUCUUUGCCAGUUCCAAAUAUGAUUAUAACAAAAUUCUUAACAGAACAUCUUCGGGCGGUGUUCUUAUCAAUGAUACUUUAAUGCAUCUCCAAGAACUUUCAUUACCUUUCGGCGGUAUUGGUCCUUCAGGAACAGGAUGUUAUCAUGGUGAAAAAUCUUUUGAUACUUUUACUCAUCUUCGUUCUACAAUGGUAAAGGACCUAAAAAUAGAACCAGUCGCGUCUGUAAAAUACCCUCCUUACAAUUAUGAUAAAGCCCAAUUAAUUAAUCUUCUUGUCUAUGGCUUUCCUCCUCACGUGAAUGAUAAACUGAAUACACUCGUUAGAGCAUGUAAAUCCUUUUGGAAUGUUUUCUUUAAGAGAUCUACAGAUGAACAUGUAUUAUAGUCAUAUGUAUUUAUUUAUUUAUUUAUUUAUUUUAUUUUAUUUUUUGUAAUAAAC